AUGCCACCUUUACGUGGACCCUUAUCAUCAUCGAUACCCUAUUUAAAGCCACAAUUUCUCUUCGGUAACAUGAUACAAACCGGGAUAUUUAACAGUGAUCAAGCAAUAUUUCAAAUAUGGUCACAAUUAAAAUCUAAAUAUGGUGAUUUGUAUUAUUACUGGCUUCUGCUUCCGUCUGGCCUAGUCUCAAUUAAGGAAGAAUCAAAAUAUAAACGACAUGCAAAAAUUUUACUGCCAAUGUUUAGAAAAGCAAAAAUUGUGCCCUAUCGUGAUAUCAUUGUCCAGUGUACGAAUAAGAUUAUUCAAAAAUGGCACAAGAAUAAAGGUGAACCUGCGAGAUUGGAAGCAAAUUUAGUUGAACAGUGUCAACAACUGUUAUUAAACGUCAUUAUUUGUAUCGCAUUUGACCCACACAUCAGCGAAGAACAACUACAGCAAUUAUCAGGCACAGUGAAUGAGUUUGCUCAACAUACUUAUGCUGUUCCUCUGUAUUUUGGAUUUUUACCGGAUAUCAUAACUAAAUUGUAUUUGAAAUUGAAUUGGAAAUAUCAACAAGUGUUAAAAACGUUACAUGAAUAUGAAAAUGAACCGAUCGAUAAAGGAGCAGAUGGGAUAGAGAAAACGAACCUUUUAUCACUGAUGUUGUCAUCGUUAGAUGAAACAGAACAACAUGGCUUGUCAAAAGAGGAAAUAAUGGAUGAGAUUUUGUUACUCAUUUUCGCUGGAUAUGAAACAACAUCAACAGCUCUUUCUUGGUUCAUCUAUUACAUGUCAAAAUAUCCCCAAGUGCAAAUGAAAAUUAAACAAGAAUUGAAACAAUACGAUGAUACUAGUAAUUUAGAUCAACUUGUUUAUGUUGAUUGUGUGAUCAAAGAAGUGUUACGUUAUGCACCGAUUAUAGAUUCAACUGCUCGUGUGUGUGAACAAAAUGAUAGCAGUUUUGAUGGUAUCGAAGUUCGAAAAGGCGACACCAUUAUCAUUCCGUUACAAAACCUGCAUCGUGAUCCUCGUUACUGGAAACUCAAUCCAAAUGAAUUUCUUCCCGAACGAUUUUUAACAGAUGACAAAGAUCAUCAGCCUAUGGCAAUGAUUCCAUUUGGUGCUGGACACAGACAAUGUGCUGGACAAGAUUUAGCUCGGUAUGAAUUAAAAGUAAUCGUUGUUCAACUCAUGAAGUCAGUUACAUUUAUCGACGGUGGUGAGCAAAUGAAUUCCGGUGGCUAUUCACAACAGCUGGUGGUUACACCAAGGCAUUUGGCUGUUUACAUACAAUUUGAUCAAUAA